AUGCCGCAUAUUUUAGGUUCUACACAUAGUGAUUAUAUAAAUCUGGGUUGUGACCCGGGAUGGAAUGACCUUGGAAAUGGAUACUGUUAUCAAGUGGUGACAUCCAAAGCAGUAUCCAGAAAGAAUGCCAACUUUGACUGUGGAACCUCCUUCAGUAGUCUGGUCCAAGUUAACAACGCUGCAGACAUGGCGUCUCUGAAGACUUUGGUAGCAGGUUACAGCACAGAUGGGUUCUGGAGUAGUCUCACAGAUCUUAGAUUUGACGGAACUCUGACCUCCUCAGGACUUUGGACUUGGGACGGCAACCAACCUCUGGCGAACAACACCAUAACUUGGGAACAUUACCCGACAAACAACCCAAAGGACACAUGUGGGGCCAUCAACAUACAAGCCAAAAUGACCAAUUGGCAGUGCACAAGAAAGAUGGGGUUCAUAUGCGAGCUGGAUCAAACACAAGAUACCGGGUGUCCAUUUGGUUGGAUGAUAACUGACAAUUCGUGCUACUACUUUAGUAACUAUAGCGAUCCGACACAGAUAUUGACCUGGACUCAAGCCAAACAAUGGUGCGCUAGCAAGACCUUUCCCGGUGGUUUAACAGCCCAGCUGGUGACACUGGAUAACCUUAACGAUGGUACAUAUAUUCUCGGUGAAAUGCCAGUUGUUGGAGCCACAGACAGGUUUUUCUGGACGGGUCUGACCAAACAGGCCACUGGCUGGGGCUGGUUCAACGGAGAUACUUAUUUACCACAAUACGUAAACUGGGCGUCAGAACCAGACCACAUCAACAAUAAUGAGGACUGUGCAAUAUUAAAAGUAGAUGGAACCUUUUCCGAUCAAGAUUGCAGUAAAAGGUUUAACUAUAUCUGUUACAAGGAAUCCAAAAGUGUGCACACCGAAUAUUACAUGGGAUGUGGAGGGUGGGUGAGAGCCAACAAGAAAUGUUACCAAUUUUAUGACAAACCUGCGUCCACAUAUUCACAGGCCAGAUCUACCUGUCUACAGCUGGGAGGCGAUCUCAUGAAGAUUGACACAAUGGAUGACAGGUAUUGGCUAGAACAGCAGAUGGUUAUGAAUGGUCACUACGCUAUGUACUUUACUGGACUGAAUGAUCAGGCUAAGGAAGGUGACUACAGGUGGGCUGAUGGCACUCCCUACAAUGUAUCUGUCGUAAACUGGAACCAGGAACCCAAUGCAUGGAACGGAAACGAAGACUGUGCAGCGAUUACCACAGAUUACAACUGGAACGAUGAAGACUGCACAGUAUCCUUCCAGUAUAUCUGUGAAUACCCAAAUCUAAAUCAAGGUGACUGCCCUCCUGGAUGGAAGCAGAGAGAUGAUAAUUAUGAGUGCUACUAUUUCUCUGCCGCAAAUGACUCCAGAAACUGGUUUGAGGCAAAGACUCAGUGCUACAGCAUGACGACAGAUGUCCAUCAGCCUGCUAAAUUAGUGGCUGUCAACGAUCAGGAAGAAAUGCAAUGGCUUCAAACCACAUUACCAACUGUACCAACUGCCACUAGCGGUAGAAUGCAGUUCUGGACGGGACUGAAUGACAAAAAUGUAGAGGGUGUUUGGACAUAUCCAGACAAGACCGACAACCCACCCAAUAAUGUGGUCAUAAAUUGGCGCGGAGAGCCAUCAGAUCCGGAUGGCACUAAAGACUGCACCUGGUUAGGGUUUGGAGGAAGAUACAUUACUUUAAACUGUAACCAAAAAAUAGGGUUUAUCUGCUCAAAAUACGCUCAGGGUUUUGGUGCAGGUGCUGGGUUUAUUCGUCCAUCUUUUGCAGUUGUCAUCAGCCUUCUAGCAACUUUUUUUGCCUUUUGUCGAUGACAAAACAAUCAAGUUAAAAACCUCUGCGCACAUAAAUGCAUAUACUCAUGUCGACAAAACUUGUGUGUCUUUCAAGUUUCCACAUUAAACAUAUAAGUGUCUAGAAAUGUGUGUUUGUGUCAAUACAUGUCCUGGUCAUUAGAUAUGUAGAUAAUCAUUUAUUCAAUUUAUUAUUAUAAUUUAGUUUGUGUGUUGGGGGAGAGGUGGUAAAACUAAUUU